ACCAGCUUUUCUUCCACAUUUUUUUUCUUGCUUCUUCAAAAACUCUAAUCCCAGCUUUCGUCGUCUCUAGAUGAUGAAUUGGUGAUGAUCGAAGCUUGUUUGGAUGCAUGUGCAGUAGCAGUAGCAGCAGAGAACGCAGAUCGCUCGCGCUUUUGCAUCACAUCCACAUUUUAAUCGGCCAAAGCAUCAGUCUCUUGCAAGAGCAAUGCGCUUUUCCUUACCAGCACAGCAGGUCAGAAGAUAUGUUCCGGACUCUAUCUUUAAACGAAAACCUGCUGCUAUAAUUUUCAGGUGGUUGUUUUGUGGAGUGGAAGAUUAGGUGAUGGUGUUUUCCAUUUUUGUUGGUGUGUGCUUAGAUUGAUUGGCUUUCAAGAUGUUUGUAUUUUGUAACUCGCAAACUGUGGCGUUCAUACAUAAUUCAUCUGCAUUGGAGAAUUAAGUUUGUGAAACAUUUGGCGUUCCGUGUGGACAAAGAAUCAGGAUUGUUGAGAACAAGAAGAAAAGAAUUAGUCCUUUAAGGACAAAUACAGAGAGAUGGGUCUGCUUCGCAUCUUAUCCGAUGACGAUCCUGCUCAUGAGGUGAAAAGCUUAUUUGUUGAACCUACGUCCACAUCCUCCCAUUUUGCUGUCUCGGAUCAUUUACGUGGAAGACACUCAAUAGUAGGCAUAUCCUCACCUAGAGGACUAGUUAAUGGCAGCCUUGGAGAUUUCAAGUGUAAAACCACUGUAGAGUUACCAAAAUUUACAAAUAAGAUGUUUGAUAGUGAAGGGAUGGAGACAAAAGAGAGCCACCCCCUGUCCAGGAAUGCUGGCUUUGAAUUUGGUGGAAGUACAACUUCGUCUUCUCAUUUAGAUGGAGUUUCAUGUAAUUAUGGUCAGCAUUCUAAUGUUUGUGAAAUAGACCCUAGCAGAUCUGCUGGAAGGAAACAGCUAUUCUCACCGUUGACAAGCAUGCUUUAUGGCAAGCAUGUCAAUGGAGAUUCUUUAGAUGCAGGCGAUGGUUGUAAUCUUCAAAAGAAUUUUCCUGUUGAUUUUGAUAAUUAUAGUAAGCUUAUAAUCCGAGAUAGUAUGAAGUCAAAUAUCAUAUCCAAUGGUCAGACAAGGAUACCAAUCUCAUGUGUAUCCAAGUCCUCCAGAGUUUUGGUCCCUUUGGAACAAGAUGACAUUUGCAGUCACAACAGACUGAAGCCUGGGGUCUUAACAGAUGGACCAAUUCCAGUUGAUAAAGAACUACCCACAUUUAAUCGUGCGCCAGAAUAUGAAACAAAUGAAUAUAUGGCAGAUCUGAUGUCUACCAGAAUGGUGGCCUCAUCCACUAUUUCUUUAUCUCCCCUCUGCCCAAAAGUUUUUGAGAAGAAGAAAACAGCAUGCAGUGGCAGAAAGAUGGUCAAAUGCUUAGAAUAUCCCUUAGGUGGUUUCUUUCCUUCAGAUGAUGGGAGUUUUAAAAAUGGAAGUGAAUCAUGGACAGAGCCUGACAUCUACAAACAAAUUCGGCCCUCAUUUCCUGAAGAAAGAAAUCCUGGAACCGGUUGGCCAUUUGCUUUCUCUCACAGGGUGGACACUGCAACACUAUGUGUAAUGGCUAGAAGUGUGAGAUGCCCCCCUGUUAGAAGGUCACUUAUUGGUUCAUUUGAAGAAUCCUUGUUGUCUGGCCGGCUAUCAUCUGGAAGAUUUAGUAAGAAAAUAAAUGGUUUUCUAGCUGUAUUGAGUGUUACUGGAGGGCAUUUCUCUCCAAAAUCUAGGAAACUACCUUUUUCGGUUAGCAGCAUUGAUGUUGAGAGAUGCCUACUGUACUAUGCUUCUGUUGAUCUUGCUGGACCAUUAUCAUCUGAAAACUACAGAGGAAACAAUUUGAAGAGAGGAAUUGGUGAUGACGAUUCAAGAAAUGAAAAGGGUCGGUUCCGUAUCCCAAUGAAAGGGCGCAUACAAUUGGUUUUAAGCAACCCGGAGAAGACUCCCGUGCACACUUUCUUUUGUAACUAUGAUUUAUGCGACAUGCCAAGGGGUACAAAGACAUUCUUGCGCCAGAAGAUCUUGCUCUCUCCGUAUGGCUCAAGCUGUCCAGGUGAGAAAAAGGAUAGCAGUGAGGGAGUGAGACAACCCACUGCUUCUUUUCCAAAGGUUAAUAAGAACGGAAACACAACUGGUCCGGGUGAUGUGAUUCGAUAUGCUCUUCAUCUACGGUUCCUGUGUCCUCAAAAGAAAAGCACCCCCCGGUCUGCCCAAAGAUGCAAACCCGAUAAUCCUCAAUCUUUGUCUGAAAGAGGCAAAGCAGGUGAUAAAGACGACCGGGUGUUCUAUCUGUACAGCGAUUUAAGGGUUGUAUUUCCACAACGCCAAACAGAUUCUGAGGAGGGAAAGGUAUAUAUGUGCUUGAACGGAUUUGGAUGUGGUGGACUCAUCAACCAUCCUGAUGGAAUCUCAAACACACAAUUGAUAUCAUAAGAUUCCAUGUGGCUGGUUGGUCGAGUACGUAAAUAUCAUAUGAUAAACUCAUUUGCUGAACCUCAUUUUUGGCUUAUUAACCAAUUUUUUCGCUAAAUACCGACAUUUUUUUUGGCUUACAUACGUUUAACAUCUCUUUGGUUGCUUGUGUGCCUCUCUACUUUGUGAGUUGACAAAAAUAAAAAUGCAAAACUGAUGAAGAAGGUUUUAUUUGGUGGUUGUGGUUGCAGCUGAAGGUAGAGUACCAUUCUCCAGAAAACCCAAAGUACUUUAACAUUGGUUGCUGAGUUAGUCACAUGC